ACGAAUACAUUCUGAUCUCUUUGGAUGUUACUGCUUUGUUCAACAACGUACCAAAAGAACUGGUAUUAAAUGCAAUCAAUUCUAGACGGAAUUAUUUAAAUAACGCUAAGAUCCCUUUUGGAGAGUUGAAACAGUGCAUUGAACUCUUAAUGGAUUCCACGGUUUUCAAAUUCAACAACCUCUACUAUGAGCAAAUCUUUGGUACUCCGAUGGGGAGUCCAAUAUCCCCUAUUUUAGCGGAUCUAGUUAUGCAGGAUUUAGAAGUUUCCUGCCUCGAUAAGUUGAGCUUUGAGGUACCCUUUUACUAUAGAUACGUGGAUGAUAUUAUCACCGCUGUCCCUAAGAAUAAACUUGAUGAAACUCUUAAUACUUUCAAUAAUUUCCAUUCCCGUCUGCAAUUCACAUUCGAGCUAGAAAAAGAUUACAAUAUCAACUUUUUAGAAGUUUGCAUAACGAGUUUGAAACCAGGGGGACAGGCGCUGUCGCCAGCGGAGUACAAGUGUCGACUUGGGAUUCUCGAAUCCUACUUUAAGCAAAUACUGUCGAUACAAUCAGAAAUUGAAGAAUUAGAUCCAGAAGACAACGCCCGCGGGGAUUUAGAAGAUCUCUAUGUAACGACGAAAUUGAGUAUUCAGACGCAAUUCGGGGAGGACCAUAACGCAACACUUUUAGAUUCCACUUGCAUAGUGCAAGCGAGCUCAAAAUUGCCGCAGUUGAAAUUACCCUCUUUUUCUGGAAAGUAUUCCGAAUACAGGAAUUUCAUCACGUCGUUCAAGCAAAUUAUUGAUCGCGAACUAAGUCUUUCCAACAUUGAGAAAUUCAACCACUUGCGCAAUUGCUUACAUGGCCAAGCUUUGGAAGCAGUUAAUGCGUUUCAAGUCACGAAUGAAAAUUAUUCUAAAGCGUUGGAAAGACUUAGAGCUCGUUUCGACAAUCCAACACUUAUUUUUUUGGAAAACAUCUCGUCGUUGUUCGAGCUUCCUUCGGUUUCAAAAUCCAAUUGUGUUGAAUUACUAAGUCUCAUUGACAACGCCUCUGCAAUUUUCGGUUCUUUACGUUCCUUGGGUACCGAAGGUGAAAUUGCCCAAGCCAUGCUAAUAUAUUUGGUUAUACAUAAGGCUGACGAUGACACAAAAAAGAAAUGGAAACAAUCAUUGGACUUUAAAAGGUUACCUUCUUGGGAAAACUGCACCGAUGUUCUGGAAAGACAUUGCCAAUACCUCGAGUCACUUGCUGGCAAUAGCGCUUCCGCUCCGCUAACUCCGACAAAUAGUAAGGGCUCGAGAGGACACAAACAACAGAAGAGUCAUACAUUUGCGCUUUCUAAUUCGCCAUGCGGGGUCUGUUCAAGCGGGAGCCAUAAGAUUUUUAAUUGUGAUCGCUUCAAAUCUUUGACCGUCAUACAGCGCUUUGAGCAAGUAAAACGAAUAGGGCUCUGUAUUAAUUGUCUCACUAGAGGCCAUCAGUUGUCAAGUUGUCCAUCAUUGCAAAGGUGCAAAAUUUGUUCGCGACAACAUCACAGCCUACUUCACCGUGCUACAUCGAGUUCGCCAGAAUCUUCCAACUCUUUGAAUCAGUCACCUCAACCGCUAUCAACACCAGGUUUGUCUGCGACCUCAAGUCGUGCUACCACUCACACUCACUUAAAACACUCUUCGUUCUAUCAAGUAAUUCUGGCUACUGCCAUUGUCCUAGUUCGUGACGCUUCAGGCACCUAUAGACAGGGCAGAGCAUUGCUGGACUCUUGUUCACAAGCUAAUUUCAUUACCGACGAAUUUUCCCAAAGGCUUUUGCUACCCAGAAGCAAACACAAUAUUGAAAUCUGCAGUAUUGGGCAGACAUCAACCAACAUCAAGUACAAAACUACUACAUGUAUCAAAUCCCGAACAACCGGUGUCGAAUUGCCUCUAGCAUUUUGCGUGACAUCAAACAUUGCUUACGAAUCGGGAUUGGAGAUCGAUAUUUCAGCUUGGAAUAUACCAUCAAAUAUAGAACUUGCUGAUGAACAGUUUUAUAAGUCCACACGAAUUGAUAUUCUUCUAGGCACCGAAACCUUUUUCAGUUUAUUAUCGGUCGGCCAGAUUAAGCUUGGCGAUAAUUUACCAGUUUUGCAAAAGACGUUGUUGGGAUGGGUUGUCUCAGGUCGCUACCAGUCAAAUAGCAACAACAUUAGAUCAUUAUGUAUGGUAGCUUGUAAUGAUGAACUAGAUAAAAAACUGGAACAACUCUGGAGGCUCGAGGAAGUCACGUCCGUUGGAGACAUGUGGACUCGUGAGGAACACAGUUGUGAACGCCUGUACACGAACACGGUUUCACGAAGCCAGACCGGAAGAAUAAUUGUCAAACUUCCAUUUAAAGAUGACCCCUGUUGCUUGGGUGCUUCGUAUACGACUGCUCUGCGUCGUUUUAUGUCACAAGAGCGCCGCUUGUGGCAGUCUCCAGAACUCGGAAAACAGUACGCUGCCUUUAUGGAGGAAUACGAAAACUUGGGACAUAUGAGUAUUGUUGAGGAGCCAAAUCUUAAUGAACCUCACUACUUUAUACCACAUCACUGCGUCUUAAAGCCAUCAAGCACUUCGACGAAAUUGAGGGUUGUCUUUGACGCGUCCUGCCGCACCACUUCGCAAAGAUCACUCAACGAUAUACAAAUGAUCGGGCCAACACUACAAAGAGAGUUAGUAAUGCUCCUUUUAAGUUUUCGACUACAUCGUUUCGCAUUAACCGCUGACAUUGUAAAAAUGUACAGACAGGUGAUCAUAAGCCCAGAACAUCGCAAGUUCCAAUAUAUUCUUUGGAGAAAAUCGUCUACAGAUAAGAUUAGUACGUACCAAUUAAAUACGGUUACUUAUGGAAUGGCCGCCGCACCAUACCUCGCAAUACGAAGCCUAUUCUAUUUAGCUGAUCAGUACGCAUCACAAUUCAAAAUAGGGUCAAACGUCAUCAAAUCAUCGUUUUAUGUAGACGAUCUUUUAUGUGGUGCCGAUUCAGUCGCUGAACUUUUUCGAAUCAAACAUGAGGUACGCGAAUUGCUGAAAUUGGGUGGGUUUGAGCUUGCGAAGUGGCACUCAAACCAUCCGGAGCUCAAAGUUGUAGGAACUGUGAAGGAUUUGAAACUGGACGAUUCCAUCACAAGCACACUCGGUAUUAAAUGGAAUCAGAAUUGUGACUCUUUCCUUUUCACAUUUGAACCGAAGCAGCGUAGCAAUAGCCGAAUCACAAAGCGAUAUAUUUUAUCUAUUGCAUCUACCCUUUUCGAUCCUCUUGGUCUUCUAGCUCCG